GUGAACAGAGCAAAUGCUAUCAGGCAGCGUGGUCCGAAAAAGCAGGAUCACUAUCUCUGCCCAUGAAGCUCAAGAGUAGCCCAAAGCGCAAACACACACAUAAUAGCGCAGAUACACCCACAUACACACAAGUAUAUAAUUUGGCUCAGGGGGCUACCUGGACACUGACCACCAGAAACAGAAGGUAGAGCCACAAAGACAGCAGGAGGAUGGAAGACAAGGGAAGAGAGAACGGAGUAGCAGCCAUGGCCGCCUGCUACCAGAAAUUUGACCCUGCAGCAUAUCUGCAGUACAACUACACUCCACCGCGGGCCGAUUUUGCGAGAAAAGACAGCAUUGUGCCGUGGAAACUGGCAUGCCUGCACAGAGCUUUCACUGAAGGUGAUGUAAGCGGUGAACUCCUGGUGGAUAUCGGUUCAGGUCCCACCUUGUACCAGGUCCUGAGUGGCUGUGAAGUUUUCAACAAGGUGAUCCUGACAGACUUCCUGGAGGUGAACCGGCAGGAGCUGAGGCGUUGGCUCCAGGACGAGGGAGGAUGUAGUCUGGACUGGACGCCAUAUCUACAGCAUGUCUGCAAGCUGGAGGGACGACGGCCCUCAGCAUGGACAGAGAAAGCUGCUAAGCUACGUCAGGUCAUCGCAGACAUCCUCCCCAUCGACGUGCACUGCUCCCAGCCCCUGGCCCCUGACGUCCUCCCUUCAUCGGGGGCCGACUGCCUGGUGUCCUGCUUCUGCCUGGAGAGCGUCAGCCCCGACCUGGCUGCCUUCACCAGGGCCCUGGGCCACAUCUGGAAGCUCCUGCGGCCUGGUGGCCACCUCCUGCUCAUCGGUGCCCUGGGAGAAAGUUACUAUUUUGGGGGGCCCGGGGUGAGGAUCCCUGUGGUGCCACUGAAUGAGGCCCAGGUCUGUGCUGGUCUGAAGGAGAACGGCUACACCAUCAUCCGGCUGGAAGUUUACACUCUGCCUCAGGAUAUGAGGGUGGGGGUUGAUGAUGUGACUGGAGUGUUUUUUGCAAAGGCAAGGAAGGAUUAAUAUGUGAAGUGUAAAGAGGACAGAAGUAUUAGGUAAGAGCUAUCAGGAUAAAACAUAACAUGGAUUAAGGUGAAGUAAAUGCAUAGCUUAGGAAUUAAAAAUGAUACAUCAACUUUUGACGCUAAUAAUAACACCUACACACAUUUUUGUGGGUGAGAGGCUGCAAUGAUUUAAAAAAAAAAGUCAGUUUAUUUUCCAGGACAAAAUCCUCAAACACAAACAUACAAAUUAUGUAUUUCACUUUAUUUCCUUUAACUUCGUCAGUAUAGUCAAAGUAUUAUUCAAAGGUGCAAAUGAGACUCCUUUUAGUUGCCAAAGCACUCAUUAGUGUUAGAAAUGCAAUUACACAUUGCCUCCUGCAGUUCAAGCAGAGCUACUACAGCAUUAAGAAUGUAAA